GAAGGAUCUGUCCCAGCAUGUCUGCCUAUUACAGGAAUAAUGGGUAUGAGGAAGAGCCGGAUUACCCUGGUUAUUCAGAGUCUCGGAACCACACGCAGGGGUAUCUGAACACCCAGGAUUAUCCAGGUUCUCUGAACAACUCCGCUUACUCCAAAACCAGGGGGAACCCAUACUCUGCAGACUCCAGAGCAAGUCCAGACUAUCCCUGGUCUCUAGCAGAACCAGAUUACCCUGGAUCUUUGAGUAAUCCAGACUAUUCUGCCAUCAGAAACGAUCCGUACUCUGCAAGCUCCAGAAGACAACCAGGCUAUCCCCGGUCUCUAGCAGAACCAGAUUAUUCCUGGUCUCAGAAUAAUUCAGACUACCCUGGCACCAGGAGCAAUCCAUACUCCGCAGACUCCAGAAGAAGUUCAGACUAUCCCACAUCUCUGGCAAAGCCAGAUGCCUCUUGGAGCGAUCCGUACCAUCCAUACUCAUUCAAAGAGCCAGACUACUCUGAAUCUCCACGAAAUCCUAACUUUGCAGGUUCCAGAGGCAGUGGAAACUAUGCGGGCUCCAGAACAAAUCCUGAUGAUCUUGGCUUCUUGGGAGAACCAGACUAUCCUGGGGCUCAGGGAAAUGCCACCCAUCCUGGCCCCAGAGCCAAUUCCAACUAUCCAGGCUUUAGAAGGAAUCAAGGAUAUGCUGGUUCCAGGAUCAAACCAUCCAUAGAUGCCCUGGGAGAGCCUGAUUACCCAGGUGCUGAGAAUCAAUCUUACUCUCCAAACUUUUUAGAGAAACCAGAUUAUCCCGGUGCUGAGGACUAUCAGAACUCUCUACAUUUUGGGAGGGAGCCUGAUUACCCAAAUGCUGAAGAUGAUCGUGAUUAUGGCUCUUCCAAGACUCUGGAAAUGACCAGGGGGGUGCUCAGCAGAACAUCUUCAGUCCAUCAUGGGCGUGUCAGCCCCUUGGGCUUGCUUGCAAGGCAGCAUGAAGAAUAUCCUGAAAACAUUGAAAUGGAAUCCAUGGAGAUGGCAAAUCGCUAUGGCCACUCUGAUAAUGGCUAUGUGAACCCUGCUUAUGUGGAUGAAAGUAUCCCUGGCCCAGCUUAUGGAAACUCACCGUCUGGAGGUGAUUGGUACAAGUCAUCCCAAGGACAAAAGUUAAUCGCAUCUCUGAUACCCAUGGCAUCUAGAGAUAGAAUUAAAGCCAUCCGGAAUCAGCCAAGGACCAUGGAAGAGAAAAGGAAGCUUCGGAGAAUGGUUGACAGAGAGAAAAGUAAGCAGUCCCGACGUAUCUUUGAGCUCAACUGCUGCACUCAGUGUUUGAAUUCCAUUUCCCUGGCAUACCGGAGAUGCAAGAACAUCCUGUCGGAGCUGCUCAAUUCCAUCAGCCUGUGGCAGAAGACGCUCAAGAUCAUCGGAGGCAAGUUUGGAACCAGCGUCCUGUCCUACUUCAACUUUCUGAGGUGGCUUCUGAAGUUCAACAUUUUCUCAUUCAUUGUGACCUUCAGCUUCAUCACCAUCCCUCAGUUUACCGUGGGCGGAAACAACGCUCUCCAGUUCACAGGCCUGGAAUUUUUCACGGGAGCGGGUUAUUUUACUGACACAGUGAUGUACUAUGGCUUUUACACCAAUUCUACGAUCCGGCAUCAGAGCGGUGGGGCAUCUUAUGACAUGCAGCUGGCCUACAUCUUCACAGUCGCAGCCUGUCUGGUCAUCUGCUUCUUCAGUUUACUAUUCAGCAUGGCCAGGUAUUUCCGGAACAACUUCAUUAACCCCCACAUUUACUCCAGAGGGAUCGCUAAACUUAUUUUUUGCUGGGACUUCACCAUCACCCACGAAAAAGCUGUGAAGCUGAAACAGAAGAAUCUUAGCACUGAGAUAAGGGAGAACCUGUCAGAAAUCCUUCAGGAAAACAUCAAAUUAACGCUCAGUCAGCAGCUGACCCACUUGUCUGUCCACCUGGUGGCCUGGGUUGUCUCUACCGGAGUGGCCAUUGCCUGCUGUGUAGCGGUUUAUUACCUGGCUGAGAACAACUUAGAGUUCCUGAAGAGCCACCAGAACCCCGGGGCGGUGCUGUUACUGCCUUUCGUGGUGUCCUGCAUCAACCUGGCGGUGCCUCGCUUCUACUCCAUGUUCGGGCUGGUGGAGCACUUUGAGGUUCCGCGGCAGGAAGUUUAUGUCCUCCUGAUCCGAAACAUCUUUUUGAAAAUAUCGAUCAUUGGAAUUCUCUGUUACUAUUGGCUCCACAAUGUGGCCCUGGCUGGUGAAGAGUGUUGGGAAACGCUGAUUGGCCAGGAAAUCUACCGGCUCCUUCUGAUGGAUUUUGUGUUCUCUCUAGCUGAUUCCUUCCUGGGGGAAUUCCUGAGGAGAAUCAUUGGGAUGCAGUUUAUCACAAGCCUUGGCUUACAGGAGUUUGACAUUGCCAGGAACGUCCUAGAACUGAUCUACGCACAAACGCUGGUGUGGAUUGGAACCUUCUUCUGCCCUCUGCUGCCCUUUAUCCAAAUGAUUACUCUUUUCAUCAUGUUUUACGUCAAAAAUAUCAGCCUGAUGAUGAAUUUCCAGCCUCCGAGCAAAGCCUGGCGGGCCUCACAGAUGAUGACUUUCUUCAUCUUCUUGCUCUUUUUCCCGUCCUUCACUGGGGUCCUGUGCACCCUGGCCAUCACCAUCUGGAGAUUGAAACCGUCCGCUGAUUGUGGCCCGUUUAGAGGACUGCCCUUCUUCAUUCACUCCAUUUACAGCUGGAUCGACACCCUGAGUAAAAGCCCCAGCUACCUGUGGGUGGUCUGGAUCUACCGGAAUCUCAUCGGCAGCGUGCACUUCUUUUUCAUCCUCACCCUUAUCGUAUUAAUCAUCACCUAUCUUUACUGGCAGAUCACAGAGGGAAGGAAGAUUAUGAUCAGGCUGCUCCAUGAACAGAUCAUUAAUGAGGGCAAAGAUAAAAUGUUCCUGAUAGAAAAGUUGACUAAGCUGCAGGACACAGAGAGGAGAGCAAACCCCAGCUCGCUCACACUGGAAAGGACAGACGUGGAGGAGCCGGCCCCUUUGCACAGCAGGGAACAUGAAGCUGCUCAUGACCUGCGAUUUAGGAGGUCAGUUCAAGAAAAUAGUCCAAAGGCCUGAGGAUUAUUGUGGUGGCCAGACAACAAUCAAAAAGGACAGAAGAUAAAGAUGCAACAACGUUUGGAGCUUCUUGGAAGAAAAUUCAAGCCAUCUGGUAGGAGUAGAAACUGACCACAAUGUAAAUACUGAAGUAAAAUUGGCCAUUCCCUGCUGCUAUUUAACACUUGAAUUGCUGAUUUUUUUAAGAUAAAACAUUUGGGAUUUUCUAAUAAAGACUGUCGUAAUAUUUUAACUAGUUCACAGAAACCUUGGAAAAGAUAACCUGGGAAUGAUGUAUUUUAUCGUUAAGAGAUGUGCAUAUGAGUUAUUGGUCCUUAGAAAUCCCUCCCCCCAGACCUCCCAGACCUGGCAAAGGUUUGGAAAGUGGUGCUCAGACAAGUGGUACAGCCUGAAUAAAAACGUGGUCCUCUGUCAGGGGUGUGAUGCCUCUCAGUUGUGGGACCUGCAUUUGUUCAUGACUUUGAACUAAAAAUAUUCCAAAAGUGAAAUACAAACAGGGGUCUCAUCUAUGAAGUCUGUUGCAUAUGAAGUACAUGAGUCUUUGGGGUUGG